AUGGCAAGUCUUCGAUGGACUCUUGUGGAUCUUGAGAGGAUCGAUUGUAUGGAUGUGGAGAACAAGAACCAUGAGCGGGUUCCCGGCAUGGCGUUUCUAGGCUGCGGAAGCAAGAUCCGCAUGGCCGGACAAACGAAAGGGGAGACAAAGGGCGUGCUACGUCGUAUUGUCAUGGUUGAUAGACCUGUCUCACCAGCCAAAGGCCCUUUUUCUAAUUUGACUUAUUCCUUGGGAAACCUACAGAUCCAAGAAGGCGUGCAGGUGACGUCUGUGCCGGAGUGUGGGAAGACCCUGAAGGGGUGA